AACUUGUCUUAAGGGUCCCAUGGGUGCAUUUCGCAGAAACAAAGAGGACGACCUUUUUGGUAGAUGAUAGAAUGCCAUUUUCCAAAACUUUGAGCUUUGAAUUCAUCAAACUAACGAGGGGGGCAACCUUCGAAUUUGACCCACGCCUCCUUUUUCCAUUCAAAACGCUGUCUGUCAGUUUGGGUACGGACGGACUUCAUAGGACUGAUGUGGCCUUCUUCUCCUCCGUAUUUGAAGGGCGUGUAGGACUCCUCUUUCCUUCGGGUUGUAUAUAAAAGGAGGGAGCAGUCAAGAGCUUCAGACACCAUUAUUGUACAAGGAUAUAUCAGACAAGAACAUUGAACAAGUUCUAACAUCUAUUCUGAACUACAGUUCACAGAGAAUCAGAGAUUGAAGUUUGUUUUCUGUAUAAGGCCUAUGGGAUUGUCGGUUUCAACACUCUUUACUCCUGGGGAACAACAAAUCUUAAACAGGUUUUAUAGUUUGGCUUACAAAAUUGGAGUUUUCGAUUCAAAAGUUGGAGAGGUGACCUUGAGAGUGAACAGCUUCAAGAGAACAGAUUCAGGAAAAAUGACCAACUCAAUUGGGUCUGAUGGGAGAGACUCAAGAAGCUUGAAUAACUGCAAACCUGAUUUGGCAAUGCUUGAGAAAGCUCUUUCAUUCAAGAAUCUGGUUCAAGAAAAAUUGGACAAGGCUGGUUCAAAUACAUUAAAGGGGAAAGAUAAUGGAGUGUUGUUACAUAAGCCGGUUCCAGCGCUUUCUCUUCCAGAACCAGCAAUCUUGUUCUCUCCGAGACCUGUUAGCGAGCUUGAUGCUGCUGCAGUCAAGCUUCAGAAGGUAUACAAGAGCUACCGGACCCGAAGAAACCUUGCAGAUUGUGCAGUGGUGGUUGAGGAGCUAUGGUGGAAGGCAUUAGACUUUGCAGCUCUCAAGCGAAGUUCUGUGUCAUUCUUCGAUGUGGAAAAACAAGAAAGUGCAGUUUCAAGGUGGGCAAGGGCCAGAACAAGAGCAGCUAAGGUGGGAAAGGGUUUGUCAAAGGAUGAGAAGGCUCGACAACUGGCCCUACAACAUUGGCUUGAGGCUAUUGAUCCACGACACCGCUAUGGGCACAACUUACACAUGUAUUAUGACAUUUGGUUUGCAAGCCAGAGUACCCAACCUUUCUUCUACUGGUUGGAUGUUGGAGAAGGCAAAGAAAUAAAUCUGGAGAAAUGUCCAAGGCACGUUUUACAACACCAAUGCAUCAAAUAUCUUGGCCCUAAAGAGAGGGAGGCCUAUGAAGUAAUUGUUGAGAAUGGGAGGCUUAUCUACAGGCAAAAUGGUGUGCCUGUGGAGACAGUGGAGGGUUCCAAAUGGAUAUUUGUUCUAAGCACAACUAGGAUCUUGUAUGUGGGGCAAAAGAAGAAAGGCACGUUUCAACACUCUAGUUUUCUAGCUGGUGGUGCCACCACUGCAGCCGGUAGAUUGGUUGCCCACGAUGGAGUCCUAGAGGCUAUAUGGCCAUACAGUGGUCACUAUCACCCUACCGAAGAGAAUUUCAUGGAAUUCAUCAACUUCCUCAAGGAAAAUAAUGUAGAUCUCAGUGAUGUUAAGAGGUGUGCAAUUGAUGAUGAUUAUCCUUGCAUCAAGACUACCGAUGAGGAGGAGCCCAAGCCAAAGGCAAUGGACGGUCUUGAUGAAGCUAGGGAAUUAGUUGAAAUGGACGUAGGAGACAUAAUCAAGAAGACUACAACACCAAAGGGUGAUCAAGAUGAGAAGGCAAAGAUCAGGGGUGCAAAUGAACCCGUCUUUAAUUUGGCUCAUAGAUUGUCAUGCAAAUGGACGACUGGAGCCGGGCCACGUAUUGGGUGCGUGCGGGACUACCCUACGGACCUGCAGUCGAGAGCACUGGAACAGGUCAACCUAUCACCCCGUGUUGCUCCUGGGUUUGUUAAUUACGGCCCCAUUCCUUCUCCACGGCCCAGCCCAAAAAUCCACCUCUCCCCUAGGCUUGCAUAUAUGGGCCUGCCCAGUCCACGGACCCCACUUCCCGUGGCUAACUAAAAGUCAAACUCAACAGUCAAGAAUAAUGUAUAUUUUCAAAAAAAAAAAGAAUAAUGUAGGGCUUGGCGGCUUGGAAAGCGGCGGCGCACUACUUGAGCUCUGCAAAGGGCAUUUCCGGCAAUAACUGGGAAAUUGAGGGACUAACUUGAUACUUCAUUCCUUUUAUUUUUUUUACACAUUAUUAUAAUUACUUUUUUUUUUUCUUUUGUGCCAGGCAGUUUUUGUACUUGCUAUUGGCAAAGAUUUCAUUGUUCUUUUUGUAAUAAUAAUGUGAGGGAAAUACAUAAUGGAGAAAAGUGAAGUGAGUCCUGAAAUUAGGGCUUUUUUAUUAAUAAUUAAAAAAGCAUAAAUUUUUUU